UGUGAACCAACAGUCUCUCCACAGCGCUUCGCGUCAGGAUGUUAUUUUUUUCGCUGAUAACAGAGAUGUUCUGAAUUUCGGCUACCUGGCCUCUUCAGAGAAGGUCAGCAUUUGCAUAUUAAUUAACUUCAAGAUGAGAUGUUAAUACAACAUCUCGUGGUGGAUUGUUAGGCAGCAUCCGAUUAUUGAAUAGCAUUUGUUGCUGCAGCUGUAUGCGUCGGGAGCCAACGUGCCAGAGGUGACUGCAUCCAUCGCAGCUUUUAUAGACCAAGGGGACUGAUGACAAUAACAAUUUCGGAUAGUAUUUAAGUGUGACCGUGCGCUCUUCUCCAAUCCAUACAAGUUAUCUACCUUGAGAAAUGCGUGCUUGCAGAAUGCAAUAGCAGAUGAUGGAACAACAAUUACUUUUUUUUCACAGAGAUCUAAGAUAUAGCCCAUAUGUAUGCUUAGCAUAAAGCAGGUGCCUCUUAUUUGAUUUCUCAUUCACCAGUGCGUAAAAUGGGUAACAGUUUUUCUAACAUAGCUGCUUUUCAGUCGCUGCAUAUUGUCUUGCUGGGUUUAGAUUCCGCCGGUAAAACGACUGUCCUGUACCGCCUGAAAUUCAACGAAUUUGUGAACACUGUUCCCACAAUCGGAUUUAACACCGAGAGGAUAAAACUAAGUAACGGUACCGCCAAAGGGAUCAGUUGUCAUUUUUGGGACGUCGGGGGACAGGAGAAGCUAAGACCGUUAUGGAAAUCGUACAGUCGGUGCACGGAUGGCAUUAUUUACGUAGUGGACUCAGUGGACGUGGACAGACUAGAGGAAGCCAAAACAGAACUGCAUAAAGUUACCAAAUUCGCAGAAAACCAAGGGACUCCACUACUGGUGAUAGCCAAUAAGCAGGACUUGCCCAAGUCUCUACCUGUCCAUGAGAUUGAGAAGCAACUGGCACUGCAUGAGCUCAGCCCUUCUACCACUUACCAUGUCCAGCCUGCAUGUGCCAUCAUUGGUGAAGGGCUCCAUGAAGGCAUGGAUCAACUGUAUGAAAUGAUUGUGAAACGAAGGAAAUCAUUGAAACAAAAGAAAAAGAGAUAAAGACUCAUUACUGUAAAGUUGACCCCUAUCUUCUGAGCUGCCUACUACUGUGCCAUGACUUUUGCUGUACUAUGUAUGUCAGGUGAUUCUUGUUAUGCAGAAGGUUACACUUGCAGUGUUUUAAAAAAAAUGAUACACUGUAUAGCUUUGGGGUUAUUGGUGAAGUUAGUCACUUUUAGCUGUGCUGUUACAUUCAAUCACACAUGGGGAGGAAAAUAAAAACUUGCCUCUUGCUAUCAGAAAUGUCCUUGACAGGCUGGUACCUGUUUGUUGCUGCUUCACAGUAUUUUCUUGUCAAUAGUUUUUUCCCCCUGGAAAGUGAAUGCCCUACACAGCAAUUUUUGACAGACUGGAGUAGCAAACAUUAUUUCCAGAUUGGAAUGAACGUCAUUAAUCAAUAUCAAUGUGCUUAUAAUUUUUCCACUUUGCAUGCUCUGUUUAUGUCACUAACACAUUUUGAGAGAGACCGUCCAUUUCGUUCUAACAUUUCCCCUACUCCUUUGAUAACUGGGCAAACAGUGCUGUUUUAUAGUAGAAUACAAUAGCCUAUAUUGGGUUUAAUGUGUCUUCAAAUAAAGAAGGCUGUUAAUAUUU